GAAAAGUCGUUUGCCUCCCAUCCCAACCACCACCAUUUCUAUCCAAAUCCCUACUCAACUGCUUCUCCGCUCAGCUCCCUAGGGUUUCUCAGAGCCAGACAUGGCCCUAAUCUCCUCCUCGCAAACCCUAACCCUAAGAUCCACUUCUCCAACCCUCUCUCAUCCUUCUCAUCCAUCUCACUUCGCUAUUUCCCAAUCACCACCUAGCAAUCAUCACUCUCUCUCCCUCUUCUACUCCCCGAAAUCAACGACACAGUUUAGCGCUAGACGACUUGUCGUUCCUAGAGCCUCCUCAAACGAGAGCAUCGCCGUGGAUUUCAACCCCAGUAUCGGUGAGAUCCUCGGCGACGUUAGCAUUUUCACCGCCGCUGGUGAUUCCGUCCAGUUCAAAGACCUCUUGGUUCCGAACGAGGGGGUGGCUGUUGUUGCACUAUUGAGGCACUUCGGAUGCGUUUGCUGUUGGGAACUUGCUGCAUCUUUGAAAGAAAAUAAAGCUAGAUUCGACUCAGCUGGUGUGAAACUAAUUGCAGUCGGUGUUGGUACUCCCGAUAAAGCUCGUAUCCUUGCUGAACGGUUACCAUUUCCAAUGGAUAGCCUUUAUGCUGAUCCUGAUCGCAAGGCAUACGAUGUUUUGGGAUUAUACUAUGGACUUGGACGAACCUUCUUCAAUCCAGCUAGUGCAAAGGUAUUUUCAAGAUUUGAGGCUUUUCAGAAAGCUUUGAAGAAUUAUACCAUUGAAGCCACUCCAGAGGACAGAAGUAGUGUGUUACAACAGGGAGGGAUGUUUGUCUUCAAAGGUAAGCAAUUGUUGUAUGGUCGGAAAGACGAAGGGACAGGUGAUCAUGCCCCUUUAGAUGAUAUCUUCGAUGUUUGCUCCAAAGUUCCCGUCUCAUAGAUCCAGUGGAGUCUCCAUACGAAAUGCAGAGACUCAUUCAUAUUUCAUGUCUCAGAGUAAUCAGACCAUCGGACAGUCCGCCUGUUCGACUGUGCCUGUCUUAACGUUUGUAUAGUUAAAAUUAAAAUGUAUGCUGAUAGAUUGCAUUUAUCUGGCUGUAGUAUAUAGAUUACCAUACAGAAUGGAGUUCGUUAUAGUAUGUAAGGCCCGUGUUUGCUUAGUUCAAUAAGAAGUGGCCAUGUGCUACGUUGUCUUGCCAAAA